UUUGAGUAUGACGUCAUUUCAUUCUUGUUACCUUGUGACUGUCAAAGUGUCAAUGUGGAGUAGUGUAAUUUUAUAAUUUUAAUUGACCUCGUCAAUAAAUCACGAGAAAAUCAUAUCUAAAAAUGUGUAUCUAAUUUCAACAUAUCAAGUAAUUUAUUAAGGCUGACAAUGCAAACGAUAAAAUGUGUAGUUGUUGGAGAUGGAGCAGUGGGUAAAACUUGUUUGCUUAUCUCGUACACAACGAACAAAUUUCCAUCAGAAUAUGUUCCCACUGUAUUUGAUAAUUAUGCCGUUACUGUGAUGAUUGGUGGUGAUCCUUAUACUCUUGGUCUUUUUGAUACAGCAGGUCAAGAGGAUUAUGAUCGUUUACGACCAUUAAGUUAUCCACAGACUGACGUUUUUCUUGUAUGUUUUUCUGUUGUUUCGCCGUCAUCGUUUGAAAAUGUCAAAGAAAAAUGGGUUCCUGAAAUAACUCAUCAUUGUCAAAGAACUCCAUUUUUAUUGGUUGGAACACAAGUUGAUUUACGUGAUGAUGUUGCCACUACGGAAAAACUUGCGAAAAAUAAACAAAAGCCAAUUUCUCCAGAACAGGGGGAGAAAUUAGCAAAAGAAUUGAAGGCCGUUAAAUAUGUUGAAUGCAGCGCACUUACUCAGAAAGGAUUAAAAAAUGUAUUCGAUGAAGCAAUUUUAGCAGCUUUGGAACCACCAAAACCACAAAAGAAAAAAAAGUGCAUUUUCCUAUAAAAAAAAGAGCCUAGUGAAAAAUUAAAAAAAAUUGUGGAAAAUUGAUAAAAAUAUAUCUUUUCUCUAGGAACGUACUAUGAGCCGCUCGAAUGAACGUAACAUUGGACUCGUAUUGCGUUUAUCAUUUUUUUUGCAGUAUUGCAAAAAUCACUAAAACAUUCCGCAAAAGUAUAAUUGAAAAAACGAACUCCACAUAUCUGGUUUCUUACAGUCCGGAAGAGUUACGUUUAUAUUCGUAGAAAUAGUUGAUUUUUAAUAUAAAUGAUAUUAUCGUCUAUUAUUUUCUUGUCUACGUAUAUGAAUUUAAAACAAUGAAUUUCCUUUUUAAUCUACUUUUUAAACAUUUACAAUCUUGUAAAAAAAGCGUAUUCUUAAUAUAAAAUUUUUUAAAAAUGUAUUUAUUAGCAAGAUAGUAAAUUAUCUUUUAAUUUUGUCAUUAAAUUGUAAUAAUUUGGAAAAUUAUAAUCAUCAUUUUUAGAAAAUAAGUAAAGAAUAAAAAAAAUGUAAAAUGCAAAA